ACCCCGUGGAGACAAUGAUCGAUUCAGUGUGUUAUAUAAGACCACCCCCAGAGUACCCCAUGUCUUGCCCUGCUCAUCACUCAGACUAGCACAACACGGUCGUUGACUACAUCAUGGCUGCAAGAAUACAACCAUUCUACCUCUUCGCUAUCGUGGUGCUGGCCGCUGGCGGUAUCCCUAAAGGCUACGAUGAAGGAGGCUUCAGUGCCAGCGUCACCCUAUCUUCGUUCAAGCAAGAUUACAACCUGAUCAAAGCGAAUUGGAAGCAUGAUCCGACUGGGCUAGCCAACAGAACUGCCAAUAUCACAUCAUUCGGAGUUCUCGGUGCUGCUUUUGGAGCGCUGAUCGCCUUCUUCUGCAACGAUAAGCUCGGAAGACUAUGGUCCUUCCGCUGUUCGAUUCUCGUCUGGGCAUCUGGGUUGCUCAUGCAGGUGUUCUCAUCCGGUAUCUUCGGUUUCCUCCUGUUCUCGAGAAUAUGGAGUGGUCUAGGAGCUGGUGCUUUGACUGUCGUCUCACCAUUAUUCCUGUCAGAAAUUGCUCCUGCAAAGACGCGUGGUAUGACUGUCAGCAUUUACAUGGUCAUGCUUCUGUCGUUCUUGUCCCUUGGUUUCUUCGUCAAUUACGGAGCCAACCUUCACCUAUCCUCCACUAGAAUGCAGUAUCGCCUCGUCCAGUCUAUUCCUCUGAUUCCCGUCGGCCUCGCAUUCAUCGGCUCCUUCUUUAUGCCAGAUAGUCCCCGAUGGCUGGCGUCUAAGGGCAGACACACCGAGUCAGUGGCCGCUCUUGCACGUCUAAGAGGUAUGGGUGUGAACGAUCCCGAGCUGCUGGCAGAGCACGCUGGUGUCGAGAUGGAUAGUGCAUCGAUCGCCGAGAUGAAGAACGCAUCUCUCAAGUCUACCGCUGUUGAGGUCCUCACCAGUCCGACACUCCGCAGUCGCUUCCUGCUAGCCCUGGCUAUGCAGACCAUAUCGCAGUGGACUGGUGGAAACGGCAUCACAUACUAUAUUUUCGACAUCUUCCAGUACGCCGGUAUCACCGGAAGCAAUACUUCCCUCAUCACCUCUGGGGCUUACGGACUCGUCAAAUUGCUGUUCACCAUGAUCUUCGCUUGGGGUCUGAUCGACAUGAUCGGACGCAGACGCUGCUUCAUGGCCGGUCUAUCCCUCCAAUGUGCAACUCACAUCUACAUGGCCGUCUACUUUGGUGCCAUCCCUGAUACCAACGAGUCAGCUUCCAACGCGGCUGUCGCAAGCGUUUUCGUCUACGCUAUCGGUUGGUCAAUCGGUCUCUGCACCAUUCCAUACAUCUACGGUACCGAGCUUUUCCCUACAAAGGUCCGCUCUCUAUGCUACGCCGUCGUCAUGGCAGCACACUGGUUCUUCCAGUUCGCCGUCGUUCGUGUGACACCACUUAUGUUGGCUUCUCUCGACAAGUGGGGCGCCUACACCUUCUGGGCUUGUAUUUGCGCAAGUGGUUUGGUAAUUCUCGGUCUAUGGGCACCCGAGACCAAGGGUAUCCCGAUGGAACGUAUGGACGAGUUGUUCCAGAGACCUUGGUACAAGUGUGGAAGUGCAAAGGUUUCAAUUGACAGUUUUGAAAACUCGUACCGUGAUGGAACCGGAGAGAAAGCUGGGGCUCUGCAUGUUGAGAAGGCUGUAUGAACGUUAGCGUAUAGUAGGUAACGAUAUUUUGAAUGAUUUGAUGCACGUUUUGACCAG